AUGACCCACCAAAAGACCGACCAAGAAUGGCACGCCAUCCUCUCGCCCGACCAAUUCCGAGUCCUCCGCCAAAAGGGCACCGAACGCCCCAACACGGGCGAAUACAACAAGCACGCCGCCCCAGGCGUGUACACCUGUGCCGGCUGUCAGACACCCCUCUACACCUCUGAUACAAAGUUCUCGAGUGGAUGUGGAUGGCCGGCGUUUUUUGAUGCGAUUCCGGGAGCGGUUGGGAGAAAUGUGGAUGAGGAUGGACAUCGGAUUGAGAUUGUUUGUAAUGCUUGUGGAGGUCAUUUGGGGCAUGUUUUCAAGGGGGAGGGGUUCCCGACUCCAACGGAUGAGAGGCAUUGUGUGAAUAGUGUUUCUUUGAAGUUCAAGGGUGGCGAUAACUGA